AAAAAAAGCAAAACAAAAUCUACUAUUUAACAAAUUUUUAAGUACAUAAUAUGUUAUUGUUAACUAUAUGCACAUUGUUAUACGCAAAUCCUCACAACUUUUUCAUCUUGCAUGACUUGAAAUUCUAUGUGUUGAAAAGCAACUCCCCAUUUCCCCUCCCUUCAGCUCCUGGCAACUACCAUUCUACCUUCUUAUUCUUUAUUUUAAACAUGAAACGGUGUUGAAUUUUGUCAAAUGCUUUUUCUAUAUUGAUAGUUGCUUGCUGAUCAUUGCAGGAGGACUUCCCAGGACUGCUGGCCCAUUUUCUGCAUGUUGCCCUGGUUCCUGAAACACUCUAGUUUUCUUUUGCCCCUGGAUUGAGGUCAGACUGAGCAUUAUUUGCCCACUUUAGCAUAGGUGCGUACACACACACACACACACACACACACACACACACACACUUGCUCUAACUGCAAGUCUAAUGCAAAUUCUGUCCCCUCCUUUGAUCCCUUAUCUUGUUUUUAUUUCUUUUUCUAUGGAAAGAGAAAAUAUAUUGGUCAGAGUCCACCCAUAUCAUCGUAGUCUCAGUUCUUAAAUCAUUCUUUUUCUUUUGGGGGGAGAUUAAGACCAUUUAAAAAUUUUUUCCUAUAAAAUUGUAUAAUCUAAAAUGUUACUUAUCCUCACAAUUCUUUGCUGAGUCUUAUAAGUUCCUUACAUUUCACUUAAGUUUAAGAGUCUAGACAGGUUGAAGGAGCAUUAAAAAUCACCUAUUGAUAUUUCUCCAUCAGGGCUUAUUGGCAUUUUAAGUGGGACAGUUCUUUGUGAUGAAAGAUUAUUCCAUGCAUGUCUGCAUAUAUAAUAAUCCUGGUUCUGAGGAACCAAAGGCCAAGAGUCCCACCACCCCUCAGUCAUUGUUACAACCAGAUUCAAACUUUCCUUCCCACAUCCCUGCAGAGGAAUUCUGUGAUUGCCUAGACCCCAAACUCCUCACUUAAUAGUUGACAGGUCUGAACUGGCAGAGUUGAGAGCAGGGUGCAGCUGGUCCCAGCCCCUCUAUGUAACUCUGGGUGCCAUUCUCCUUCCAUGCUAUCAUACAUCUACUCUGAGCUUACAUUUAUUUUUCAGCUGUCUAGAAACACACUAACAUGCACUUAUGGAUGGGUGGACUCUUUCGAAGAACCAGAAAUUCUAGUUUGGUGUUUAAAGGAGAUCAUUUUUGUUUCGUAUAGGAACUUGGAUUAGGGAAAGAUACUAUUAGAACUCAGUAUAGGAGAUGGCAGAGAGAGGACAGCUCUGGGGAUAGAGGGAAGCAGUGGGGCUGAGGUCACAAAGGCUGAGGUCAGGUACCAAGUGGAAGGUGUUGAAAAUAUGAAAUCUGAGGGAAGACUGAGAAAAAGGAAGCCACUAGAGAAUGUGCUCUACAAAAAUGAGGAUGUAAACCAAGAAAGAGGAAACCAUGGGAUCCAGAAAACAGGGGAUUCAACACAAGAGAGAGGAACAGGGAUUUCGCAAGAUGGUGUUAAAAAGAAGUCCCAGGACAACAGAUGCCUCAAGGCAUGCCAGUUCAUCUUAAGUUUCACUUACACUUCUAAGAUGGUGCGGAUUUCUCGAUUCAGCCCUGCAGACCCCAGUGUAGAAAUUGCUCUCCAAGAACCUGAUGAUCUCCGAGGGGAACCUGUACUCAGCCAUCAGAGCGCUACUGUCUCCCAGGAUGCUCACAGUUCCAUGGUAGACGCAGGUGGAGUGGAGAGCAUCCCCCCGCGCCCCCAGGAGCUUCCUCAGAUGAUGGCUGCAGCAGCCGAUGGUUUGGGAAGUAUAGCGAUAGACACAACCCAGCUCAACAUGUCCGUGACAGAUCCCACGGCGUGGGCCACAGCCAUGAAUAAUUUGGGCAUGGUUCCCGUGGGGUUGCCUGGGCAGCAACUCGUGUCUGACUCAAUCUGUGUCCCAGGCUUUGAUCCAAGCCUCAACAUGAUGACUGGAAUCACCCCUAUUAACCCAAUGAUACCAGGCCUAGGGCUCGUACCUCCCCCACCGCCAACAGAAGUGGCUGUCGUCAAAGAAAUAAUCCACUGCAAAAGUUGUACUCUUUUUCCUCAAAAUCCAAAUCUUCCACCUCCUUCCACAAGAGAACGACCUCCUGGGUGCAAGACUGUGUUUGUUGGAGGAUUACCAGAAAAUGCUACUGAGGAAAUUAUUCAAGAAGUCUUUGAGCAGUGUGGUGAUAUCACAGCGAUUCGGAAAAGCAAGAAGAAUUUCUGUCACAUUCGCUUUGCUGAGGAAUUCAUGGUUGAUAAAGCCAUUUACCUUUCUGGUUACAGGAUGCGAUUAGGGUCCAGCACGGACAAAAAGGAUUCGGGCCGCCUUCACGUGGACUUUGCCCAGGCCAGGGACGACUUCUACGAGUGGGAAUGCAAGCAGAGGAUGCGCGCCCGCGAGGAGCGGCACCGGCGCAAGCUGGAGGAGGACCGGCUGCGGCCCCCGUCCCCGCCGGCCAUCAUGCACUACUCGGAGCACGAAGCCGCCCUGCUGGCCGAAAAGCUGAAAGAUGAUAGCAAGUUUUCAGAGGCUAUCACAGUGCUGCUGUCCUGGAUUGAACGUGGGGAAGUGAAUCGGCGUUCCGCAAACCAGUUCUACUCCAUGGUGCAGUCGGCCAACAGCCACGUCCGCCGGCUCAUGAAUGAAAAGGCCACCCAUGAGCAAGAGAUGGAGGAAGCCAAGGAGAAUUUUAAAAAUGCCUUAACCGGGAUCCUCACUCAAUUUGAGCAGAUUGUGGCCGUUUUCAACGCUUCUACCAGACAAAAAGCUUGGGACCAUUUCUCGAAAGCCCAGCGCAAGAACAUAGACAUUUGGCGAAAGCAUUCUGAGGAGCUCCGGAAUGCUCAAAGUGAGCAGCUCAUGGGCAUCCGCCGCGAAGAAGAAAUGGAAAUGUCUGACGAUGAGAAUUGUGACAGCCCUACCAAGAAAAUAAGAGUCGAUGAAUCAGCCCUGGCGGCUCAGGCCUACGCUCUGAAAGAGGAGAACGACAGCCUCCGCUGGCAGCUGGAUGCGUACAGGAACGAGGUGGAGCUGCUGAAACAAGAAAAAGAACAGCUUUUCCGCACAGAGGAAAACCUCACCAAGGACCAGCAGCUGCAGUUCCUGCAACAAACCAUGCAAGGCAUGCAGCAGGGCUGUGUGAGAAUCCAAGUUCUGCGUCCUCAUCAGUCAGCACUUGGCAUGCGGACCCCAUGCUUCCAGCCAACCUCAGAAGGCAGUGCUCCAGAGAACUGGCCGGCCACCACGAGCAGGCAGGAAUGCAGAGCAGUGUGACAACACAGUUUCCAGAGAGUAUCUUGCUGUCCUCACUGGACACAGGUCAUAAGGUGAAGAAGGAGAUAAGCUGUGUCCAUGCUGCACUGGGCACGAGGAAGAAAAUGAAAACACUGAAGUAGAAGGAGAACGUGGCCCCCGUUUGGCUGCUUUCUGUGCCACUCUGGGAAAGUCAGGCUGUCUGAGCCUCAAGUUCUUCACCUGGAAAAUGGGUCCUGCCUGCCUCGGGAAGGCUUUGCUAUAAUAAAGUCAUGUGUGAUCAUGUAUGUGAGCGCAUUUUGAAAAGCUGUUAAAUAAAUGCAAACUGUGAUUGCCAUAUUCCAGGUGAAAAUAUGAAACUCUAUAGAGGUUUGAAAGAAGACUCAGGAUUCACAGAGUAAGUCUGGACAAGUCCAGGUCUAAAUGUCCUCACCCUGGUGUGGCCUGUGUGUUUGCUCCUGUGCCCCUUACAGCAGGAAGGCCCAGUCUCUCCAGGUAACUCCAGAAGCAGCUUCCCAUCAUUCCACUCAGUCCUCUAAGCAACGCAGGAGCAUGUGACUAUCCCAGUUCAUCAGGUGAGAAAAUGAGACUCAGAGGUGUCGAGAGACUGGCCCAGGGCACAGGUACACCGCGUAGUGUAAGAACCACACAGCCCGGUCUGUCCAACCACAGCCCCUGUGUUCUCUCUCUUACCCCACAGCUUUCUGAAGUGUACUCUGAAAGUAGCGCUUCAGAACCACAGUAGUCACAAGAACAGAAGGCCAGGAAGUUCUAUCCUUCAUGUGCUCGCAGAUUACUAAAAAUACGAUUGGCAAAAACCCACUGGCAGUUUUCUGACUCUCUUUGUUAUAGCCCCUAAUUUGGUUUUUGCAGUAGCAGAGUAACAGCUAGCAAAAGAAAAGUAACAUACAUGCAGCUUUUAUGUAUUAAAUUUGAGUUGUGAAAAUAAAUCACUUCUUGGAAGGGAAAGAGAAGUCCUAAUAAAAUUUAACUAUGAGCUGCUUCGUCUCAUCAUUAGUUAUCCUGCUCUGCCAUUAAUUAAUCUGAUCAUCAAAUGCAUCCUCAUUAGUAAUCAUUCCUUCUCAAAAUAAUGAGGCUAGCAGACAAAUCAAUGUAGGAGCCAGGGGUAGAAAUAAUGGCAUUGUCCUGCAGACCAUUAAAAUCAUUUGACUUCUGCCUUUAGCUGCUUUCCUGACGUCUGCAGUGGGAAAUCCUGAAUCUCCAAUAGACCUGCAGCUGUUCCCAGGAGAAAGGAACUCAGCUUUUCCCAACACUGUCUGUGGCAGUCGUAGGAUGACCUUUGAAUAACCUUCCCUUUCCACACUUCUUUUGGAAAUUGCCUCCUGAUUUAUAGGCCAUAUCAUACUAUGAGUACCAGAUUUAUAGUGAACUGGAUCUUUUCUUAAAUGUAGUACAUCACAACAGACUUUUGCUGCAGACACAUACUGGCUUUCUACUAUGUUUGACCAUUGUUGUUGUUCUGCCUCCAGUCACAGACUCUAAAAUGAAUCCUUGUGGUCUGGCCUUGACUUCAUUUCUUAAUAGUCUGCCAAUGCAAAGAGCCGACUCAUUUGCACCGAAUCCCUGAACCCUGCCAGCACUAUGGCUGCUGUAUAGAGCAGGUGUCCUGCUCCCAGCCAAACUGAUGUAAUUAUCCAUCUCUCAGAUCGGGCCACAGUUGGGGGGCAUGGUGCUCCAGGGCUCUCUCCAUGCAGCUGGUUAGGAGAGGCAACUUGAGGAUUAGGAAGACCAGCCAAUUUCCUUCUUGUCAGAAAAGAAGGCUAUGAAAAGAAUGCUGGGAGAAAUUUGGUGGGGGCGAAGGAAUAUAACAUUGAAACAAAGAAGAAAGGAGAAUUAGAGAAAAACAAAUCCUCCUUAUGUAAGAGAAAACUCAGAGAAAGAGAAAUAUAGGUAGAAGUUGCAGUUUUCCUGAUUCUAGUUUUGUCAUUUACAUUUUUAUUUUACGCCAGACAUGGUGGUUCAUGGCUGUAAUCCCAGCACUGUGGGAGGCCAAGG